AGAACCAAAAAAAAAUUACACCAAUAGAUAUAAUCACAUCUUGAAGAUCUUCCCGCCAUAACGACUUUUACAUAAGUCAUAGCUAUAACUUGACGCAAUACUAAUAAUACGUGCUAUACUUGCUAUUGAAUUUAAAUCAACUAGAAAUUCAUAGCUUUUCAAAUUUCGAAUUAGUGAUAUAAACGUUGUUUCAUUUUUUGUUUGUGGUUUUUAUGAAUUAAUUGAAUUGAGAUAAUGAAUAAUUUAAUGCUUGUCAAUUCGAAAUUGUCACAAACUGUCCUUAAGAGAUCCAUUCAUACUUUAUCGAGAUCAUCUCAUAGUGUCAGAGUAUGUUCGUCUCCCUAUUUACAAAAUCAAAGAAUAAGAUCAUUCCAUUCCACUAAUCGUAAUUUAAUUGAUUUUGAUCCUUAUAAAGUAUUAGGAGUUGAUAAGGGAGCUGAUCAAAAAGAUAUUAAGAAAGCUUAUUAUCAAUUAGUGAAGAAGUUCCAUCCUGAUGUUAAUAAGGAAAAGGAUGCUGAAACUCGAUUUCAUAAAAUUCAAGAAUCUUAUGAAUUAUUAAGUGAUAAAGAUAAACGAACUCAAUAUGAUCAAUUUGGUGCUUCUGCGUUUGAUGCCAAUGGGAAUGCUAAUCCCUUUGCAGGAGGUCAAAAUCCAUUUGGAAAUGGUGGUAAUCCAUUCGGUGGUGGUGCAGGAGGAAUGGGAUUUGAUUUUGAAGAUUUAUUUAGAGAAGCAUUCACAGGUCAAAGAGGGGGCAAUGGAAGAGGUCGUGGAGGUGGUGCAUUUGUAACUGAACAUAUCGGGGAUGAUAUUGAAGUUUUAAAAACGAUUUCCUUUAAAGAAUCUAUAUUUGGAUCUAAAUUAAAAAUUAAUUAUAAAGCAGUUGAUUCUUGUAAUACUUGUGAAGGUAGUGGAUUAAAGAAAGGUAAAAAGAAAUCAACAUGUCCAACCUGUCAUGGUAGUGGACAAAGUACUCAUGUCUUAGGUGGAUUCCAUAUGUCAUCCACUUGUGGUACAUGUCAUGGAUCAGGAGUUCAAAUUGCUAAAUCUGAUGAAUGUGGUACUUGUCAUGGUCAUGGAGUUCAAGAAGUUCCAAAAUCAACUGAAAUUGAAUUACCUCCUGGUAUUAAAGAUGGAUCAAGAUUAAGAAUUCCAGGAGCUGGUGAUGCACCAUUUGUAGCUAAAGAUCCAUAUAAUAGAACUAAGAAUGGAGAUUUAAUUAUAAGAGUUAGUGUAUCUAAUGAUGCUACGUUUUCGAGAGUUAAUAAUAAUAUUAUAGUGAAUCAAGAAAUCUUAAUGACAACAGCAGCCUUAGGAGGAGAGAUUAUAGUUCCAACUAUUGAUGGAGAAAAUAUUAAAUUAAAGAUUAGACCUGGAGUUCAAAAUGGUAGAAAAUUAACCAUACCAGAAAAGGGGGUACCAAUCAAUAGAAACAUUAAUAAUAGAGGUGAUUUAGAUGUGAUUUUGAAAGUUAAGACUUUGAUUCCAGAAACUCCUAUUCAAACUGCAUUAUUAGAAGCAUUGGCUGAUGCUUUUAAUGAUAAAAAUGCUAAAAGAACCGAUGCUCAUUGGAAAUUAGAUUUAGGUGAAGAUGAAGGAGAAGGUGAAUCAGGUAAUGUUGAUGGUAAGACUAAAACUUAUGAUGAGAAUGAUUUAAAUCCUACAAAGUUAAAUCGAAUUGGAAAAUUCUUGGGUAAGUUUUUUAAUAUGGAUGGUAAUAAUUCAACCAAGGACGAUGAUAAGAAGAAGAAGUAGAAGUAAU